AUGACUACUACCGGUAUGGCUAGACUAUUACUUUUACGAGCACUAGCCUUUGGCCUUUUCCCCGCUUCUACCCCCGCAGUUGAUACGGCUCUUGCUGGCUUAGAAACAUAUAAACACUCAUAA